GCGAGAACCUCUAGUUAACUUACUGCGCUAUUCAAUGUUAAAAACAACCUCUCAUAUGCAGGCCAUGCCAAUGCACCGAGACACCCUCAUCCUCCAAGCCAUUUCUUACAUCCACAAUCAAACGAUCUCCAGAUCGGGCUUCAACGACCGGGCCUGGAAAUUGCCCUGGUCGCGGCGGGUCGGGAUGUCACUAUCAUACACACACCAUUUACAAGAUAGAUGCGUUUCAGCACACCGUCAGGACGACGAUAACCCGCAGUUACCGUCCAGUUGAGACGGAUUGUUCUAACAGUCCGAUAAAUAUGCGCCUCGGGAUGCAGCCUCUGAGCGCCAGGAUGCUGCUGCUGCUGCGUCGGGCCUAGAACCCGGUUUUGUGACGAAUAAUACGGAGGAGACCUUGGGAUUCGCAGAGCUCCCAAGAAGCUUACCACGAGAACUAGGAAGAUGACGACAGACGCCAAGUAGCUUCUUGACCAACCUGCGGCUUGGCUACUUGUGUUAGCUUGAGCUGGCUGUGACGAAACUCUCGGAGGAUCUUGGAGAUCACCGCGUGGUUGGCGUAUUCUCCGGCGGCUGGAUGUUCGUUCCAUCCGGGAGCUGUGUUAAAGCCGAUGGAGAUAGAGCCCAACGACCGGGGUUAAAAGCAAAGCUGACACAGACAUGCACGUUGUACGGAGUACACAAAAAGCCCUCACACGCGGAUCCUUUGCUGGCAGCACAGAGCAAAGAGUUUAGUGGCUACCCGGCUGCCUUUUUAUCUCUUGCUGAGGGGUUGAGUUUACAGAGCAGCCGUCUUGCUGGCUUGCACUGCCACCUGAGGAACUUAAUCUGACACCCUACCUUUGACGUCUAGAGAGAGCUUCUUAGCUUUCUUGGAAGCAGUUUCAAACAUGGAGGCUGUAUGCUCUAGUCUGCGUUUGCCCAGAUCUGCGUACGUGUGAUUGCUAUUGCGCUCCUCUAUCAAACUGAGCCGCCGUUCAAAUGGUGCUGAUUGAUUAGCGGGAGGAGGCGGAAGUCAAUUCUAUAUUCAGUAAAAAGUAUUCCAAGGUUCUUACCUCCCCACACCAUCCAUUCCCCUUCGUGGAAUAUGAAGUGAAUCUCAGAUGUUAUGGCUAUAUCUACCAAAGCUACAAAUUUCUUUUCUGAAACCCAUGCUCACUCUGCUAACACUCUAAGGAACACCAUUUCGGUAUCUUACAGUUUAGUCAGAUGGCUUCUCGUUGGGUGAAACUAGGAUUAGCUAUUACUGCACUAGCUGGUUUAUUAACCGCAAUCCUUUUGAUUCUAUUAAUUGACCGAGGCGAACCCGUUCGAAGCUUGAAGGACAUCGACCAUGUCAUUAUAUUUAUGCAAGAAAAUCGUUCAUGGGACACGUAUUUCGGAACUAUGGCGGGCGCAAGGGGAUUUAACGACCCCAACGUACAGAUCAACCCGAAUGGCCGUUCCGUGUGGUACCAACCGGUUGAUUCGAGCUUGUCAAAUGACACAGACACCCUACUUCCGUGGUACUUAGGAUAUCUAGGCGGAAACUGGUCUCAGGCUAUACAGUGCAUGGCUGCUGGAAGCAAUGGCUAUACAGAAAAUCACGCUUCCAUCAACGGCGGCCUCAAUGAUGGAUGGGCAAGGAAUAAUACACCAUGGAGCUGGGGUUAUCUAAAACGACAGGACCUACCUGUUCAGUUUGCAAUUGCAGAAGGAUGGACUAUCGGGGAUAUGUAUCAGCAAUCGCAAAUCACUGCAACGAACCCGAAUCGUGUCACCUUUGUUAGUGGGAGUAUUAACGCACCUGGAAGCCCGCAGUCACCAGAUGAAGGAGGGGUAUAUAUAGAUAAUACCGAAAUGCCAGGCUGUGAGGCUCCCAAUCUCAACUGCUACCCUCUCAAAUGGAAAACAAUAUUCGACAUAUAUGAAACUGCAGGCGUUUCCUGGCAGGUUUACCAAGGAGUGGACAACUUCGAUGACAACCCCUUGGCCUGGUUCGAGCAGUUCCAGAAUGCAUCCUCAGACUCAGCAUUGUCACAGAAAGGAAUGGCGUAUUUAGGACUGGAGGCUUUCUAUGCAGAUGCUGCCUCAGGUAUGCUACCGCAAGUUAGUUUCAUCAUCGCCCCAAGAGAGCUGUCCGAACACGCACCGUACUCUCCCUCUGAUGGAGGUUGGCUGCAGCACAAAAUUGUAGAUGCUGUGGUUAAGGGACCAAAGUAUGGUAAAAGCCUGCUCAUGAUUAGCUACGAUGAAUCUGGCGGUUGGGGAGAUCAUGUCCCUCCUUAUCACUCUCCAGAAAACACUCCUGGCGAAUGGUUGGAGGACCCAUAUGGUCUUUUUGGAAACAUAUACACCGGCCCUGGAGUUCGGGUCCCUUUCUACAUCGUUUCCCCUUGGACCCGCGGGGGCCACGUUUUUACCGAACACGCAGACCACAAUUCGCAAAUCCUUUUUAUUGAAGAAUGGCUUAGCGCAAAAGGUUAUGAUAACAUCAGGACAGACGGGAUGGUGCCCUGGAGGAGACAAAACAUGGCAAACCUGCUAAACGCACUGGAUUUCGAGAACCCUGACCUCUCCAUCCCUAAUAUUCCAAAACCCAAACCUCCCCACCGCGACUCCCGCGGCGAAUUCGACGGCUCAGCCUUCUGCGAAUCGCAGUUCCCGGACCCACGACCGCCUCCCCCAUAUUCCUCCCAGCCCUCCACGCUCCCCAACAUUGUCGAAGAAGGCUAUAAGAUAUGCACAGGCCAACUAACCGAGGGCCGCUAUCUCGUUUUCGAACAUGAAAACGGCCGCCUACUCUCCCACAACCGGCCGCCGCGUGCGGACGCAAAUAGUGUCAAUAACGACAACGCGGCACCAGAGCCAUUAAUAACGACAAUGUCUUCGUCUAGUAAUCAUAAUGAUAAUAAUAAUAACAAGGAAAAUAAUGCAAAAACGGAUAAAUACCGCGCCCAAUCUGCCCGGUGGGUCAUCUAUUACUAUAACAAUAACAGCACGGACAUUGACGUCAUCGCGACGAAUCAGUCUGGUCCCUUUUUGUUAUCGAGCUUUGAUAGGGAGGUGUGGUUGGGGCGGGAGGGGAGGCUAGUUUCGAGGAAGGAGGCGGUGCCGGUCGAUAUUUCGUUUUCGGCGGGGAAUAAGGAUGGGAAGAAGAGAGGCUAUUCGAUAGCAUAUGCGUCUAAUUCGUCGUUAAUCGCCGGCGGCGGCAGCGGCGGUGGUGACACAGACAGUCUUUCUGGAUAUAUUAAUGUGGGUGGUGACGGGAGUGUAGGUGUGGGAGGGAGGAGGGAGAUUUUCACGGUGGUAAGUGUUACGUAUUAUAAUUGAUGACGGUUGGUAUACCCACGGAGGGGAUUUUGAAAAUGGUGUUAGAGAAACCGCCUUGUUUGCGCAAACAUAGGAUAAAAUUCAGGGCACGGAUUAUAUUGGAAGAUAUGGAGUUUGAUUUUGGGGAGGGAGAGCUUGCUAUCAUGAUAAAUAGCAAGGAAAAGUAUAGACCUGCUUAUAAUAUGAUUGACUGAUAGAUUGAUAUACUUUUUCUUCUUUUGUUUUCCUCUUAAGGAGAAUGUUCAUAUUAGAAUAGGUAACAUGCUCCCAAAAGUUUACGGCGACGAGCUGUCUUCAAGGAGUGAUUAUAAAAUAAAAAGAACAAGAUAGAUCUACAUAGAACAUAUUUGGUCCAUUGUUAGAAAAUUAACUGUGAAUUUUGACAGGCUGUGGCAGAAGAGUGGAGGACUAGAUUAUUGAGGGGGGUAAAAUCUUGGGUAUCUCUGGACUAGGCUUCCAGUAUCUGGCAGUCCAAUGGCAGACUGGCCACCUAUUACAAAAAAACACUCUCG